AUGCUGCUCUUCACGGCCAUUCAUGGAGUGGCGGGGCAAGCUCCUGCCCACACUGCAAUUACAACCGUGCCUCCCCCUGUUCCUGGCGCUCCCACCACGCAACUAUGGCAGACCAAGACCAAGGCAAAUGGAUAUGGAUUGAAAGUCAGCCGUAACUUGACGAAUAACAUCCUUAGAAACCCAAGCAAAGGCCAUAACUAG